CUAAGACUGAGUCCCAUGUUAAAAUGAAAGGAAGAACCGAAAACAAACUAAAACUUAGUUAUGAGUGAAUGUACAAUUGCAUGAUGGAAGGAAAGCCAAUUGUAACCUGCCAUGGUGAUCAGGAACUCUUUUCACAAUUACAUACUCGAGUCGUUCAAGGUUUACCAAAAGAACCAACGGAAUGGAAAAGCAGAUCGUAUGGAAGACCGCCCCGGACUCUGACUCUGGAAGCCAGCUUUGUUCCGUACGAUGCCGACAUUCUGACAGAGGAGGAUGAACCAGUGCUUGUCAGCCGACCCUACUUUCACAUCUUCUGGACAGCAUGUGACCUGGAGUCUUACAAGCAAACUGUGAAGGAUGAACUUGCAGAAUGGCAGGCCGUGCUGAAAAACAAGAACAUCCCUGAUUGGUUGAUUGUGGUUGUCGUCAAAGAUGAAAGUAAAGUGAAAACGAAACUCCUGCCAAGGGCGUCGGUGUUGGACAAAGUAAAGAGUGACUUCUGUGGUAAAAACUCUGACAGGUGCAUUGUACUGACUGAACCACUGAAGACAGAACAGAAAUCAGUCGAGUCCUGGAAUAAUUUCUUUGUUCGACUGCGCAAUCUUCUGCUAACGGCAUACAGCCGGCAGAUGACCAGAUUUGAAAACAACAUGCGAACCUUGCGCGAGAAACGCAAUGAAAAAGGAUGGAACUACCAUGAAUACUUUAUAGUUCAAGAAGAGCUUGCCUUCAUGCUGGAGAUGCUGGGCGUGUGGGAGGAUGCCCUGGUGCAGUACGAUGAGCUGGACGCCAUGUUUGCCCAGUUUGUGGAGAACCAUGCUGCUGGAGCUCUGUGUAAGUGGCUGUAUCCACUGAUCGGGCCGUGCACGAACUGGGCGGGCCUGUCCCUGGCUAAACAGAUCAACUAUGACAUGCGUGACCUGGUGAAGCACAACAAGGCCAGCCUGCUAGAGUUCCGGGACUACCUGUUCUCCCGACAGUGUGCUCUCCUCUUUGAACUGCGCCGCCCAUGGGAGGCAGCCAAGAGAGCACUCAACUACCUGCAUUCCACCAUUCAAGAAAUGAUGUUACUCGAGGUGGAGGUACCUGAGGGAGCUCUUGCCUGCUGGGUUUUCCUCAGCUGUCUUGAGGUGUUGAACAUCAGUGAGAAACACAGUGACAAGCUACAGAUAGACAAAUACUCUCUCUACACAGCCAGUCUGUGGGACCACGCCAGGAAGAAGCUGAAGGAGCUAGGUAACGUGUGUGGGUUGACUCCUGGUGACGAACCUACUUCACAACAGCUUAGUCGGCGAGUAGAUCUCGCAUCAGGCAUGCUGUCUAAGGAACAAGACACAGAUCCAGGGAAGAAACUGCGGCCAGUUGAUCGACUCAGACAAGCCUUGUCAUCGAAUAACUCUUUCAAAAAACAUUAUCUGGAAAUAUGUGAGCUGGCUAUGGGCACGUACAAGCACAUUGGACGAUUCCGAUCCUCAAGAAUAAUUGGACGAGAUCUAGCUGAUUUCUACAUCAAAAUGAAUGAACUUCAGAAGGCUGAAACAUUUCUUCAGGACACCAUUAAAAUGUAUCAGCAAGAAGGCUGGCAGAAUCUAGCAGACGGCACAAUGCUCGAGCUGGCACAGUGCCAGAAAAACAUGCAGCAGCCACAGAAGUACUUGAAGACGGCCUGCCAGAUUUCCUGCAGUCACAACUUGAAAACAGAGGAAAGGAAAACAUACUUCCACCAAGUUAUGGAAUUGUUAUCUAAACAAGAUGAUAAAGCCAUUUACAGCCUGAAAUCCUCUGGGAUAUUCACCAUGGAAGAAGCUGUGAUUGUGACUCCCUCUGUCAGUCUGAGUGAAGACUUUGUGGUUGACUUGAAAGUGACCAAUCAUUUUCCUCAAACUAUUACGUGCAAUAAGGUGUCCAUUUCAGUGAUAAAAUGUAAACCUGAUCAGCCUCCAAACCCAUCACUUUUUACUCAGAAAAAAAUCUGCCAUAUUAGGACUCCAAGUUUGACCAAUGGAAAGUAUGAACACUUAGCCAAUUUCCAGCCGAUCAAGAAGCAGCUUCCAGCUGAACUUGAAUUUGUAGCAACAAUUGAAAAGAAAGAAGACAAGAUAACUGGAGUUGGGGUGACGUGUGUUAAUGACCAUGAACUGUUAAAACGACUGGACAGUAAUCCCCAAGACGUAGAUUCUGAUGAAACGACAGAAAGGGGAGAUUACUCUAUGGGUUUACUUGCUACUAAUAUAACACUGGCACCUGGAGAAAACACGAUCCAACUCAUAAUGAAGUGUGAAGAAGAGAGUGUGUUCCACCUGCGCCAGCUGUGUGUUCAGCUCAAACAGAUGUAUUUUCUCAAGAGUCUGACUUCGUGUGGACUCUACUUCCGAGUGGUGUGUCACCCGCCAGCCAUUCACCUCAAUCCAGUCAACUCAGAGAUGUUUCUGAUGGGUAUCGAACAGGAAGCAGUACUAGAAGUGAACACUGGGAGUCUGUCACUGUCACCAGGAGAUCAGUUUGAACUUUUUCCGACAUCAGGUGUCGAUCUCACGGUCAUUGGUGACCUGGUGCAGAAUGUGGCUGUUGGGCCUAACAAGCUUGUUAAAAUCAGCGUCACGGUCUUCUGUGAAGAGAAUUCAGAGAGUGAUCAGAACAUUGAGAAACAGAUAUUGUGUCAUGUGACAGCAUGGAAUAAAACAUUAGAAACCACGGUCACAUUUGUCCAUCCCUUUGAGAUCAGCCACAAAUUGCACACAUCUAAGGAACGAAAAUAUAUCCAGCUGACAGUACAAGGCAGCACUGUUUCAGAGUUCAAAUUAAGUAGACCAGAGUUAUGUGCCCUUACUGCCGAUGUUGAUGUGUAUCUGAUGAACAACCCUACACAGCAACUGACGGUGAGUAACGUGCAGGCGGCUAACUACGUGUGGCAGGUGAAGUGCAACACGGCGCAUGUGUCGGCGGUCGAGAUGGGGCUCACCGUGGAUCACACCUGCGUGCUGGACAUGGCAGGACUCACUCGCAGACACGCAUACAGCUUCUCCAUUCACAACUUUCAGACAAGGUAUUUACUGACAUAUGAUGUGUUGAGUGUUGAGGACAAGAGGACGUGUAAGGUUGGUAAAAUGUGCUCCCUUGAGGUGAAGGUCAAGUCGACCGAGCUGGCCCCACAAGAUGAGAGACUGGUGUACAAGGUGAGCACAGGUCAACAGGCCUGGGCAGUGUCGGGAAAAUCAACAGAAGUGUUCAAACUCACUGAUGGCUGCUACAAAAACAACAUAGACGUGCUUCCUCUGAGGGCUGGCUUCAUUCACCUACCGAGAGUUUUCAUUUACAAGUACUCCAAAAUGGAGGCCAAUGCUUCAGCUGAGAAGCAAGCUGAUGAGAAGCCCAAGAUGAAGACUGACCAGAGUGAAAUUAACUUUGAGGAGUUUGAUACUGGAGAGGUUUACGACGACAGUGGCAGUAAACAGGUUCAUGUGAAACCGGAACAGUGCAGCAACGAUGUGGAGAUUUCAGUUGUGUCUUGAGUUGUGUCUGUUGAUUCAGAACACUGUACUGGUGAUGUCAGAUAGCUGUUCCACUGUGAACUCAGAAUAGUAACACAUGUCAUCUUGGACUCGGUUUAAACUAUUUAAAGGGACUAUCCUGAGUUUGCAACAAUUGUAACAUGCUUCAAAAUAAUAAAUAGAGAAUAAUUCAUGAGUGGCCGUUAGAUACCAUAAAUCUCACAACGGGUUGUUUUAA